AUGUACACCAGAAAGUACAUCCCGCUCCUAAGCGGGAUCCUUCUACCCAUGGCAACCCUCUUCAACACCCAGUCUAUCAUCGUACCGGGUUGGCUAUACCACGAGCGAAGUGCUCAUUGGGGAACGCACGAAAUUGUCAGCAGUGCCAGCAGCAUCUUGACCAACCGUCCUCACCGGCCGCGCCUGCAAUUCUAUACCUUGCCACUUGUCACGGCUCUGGCUUCGGCGUCCCUUGGGCUUGGGUUGCUGGCUGUUGGCUGCUUAUUUUUAAGGAUGCUCGAGAAGAAGAUCAAAUGGUGCACCCGUCUUCUGAUCCUCGGCGCCGCCGGCCAAGGCAUCUUCGCCUUCGCGGCCGUCAUCACCUUCUGGUCCUGGGUCUCGCUCUCCAACACCGACGGGCAAUACAGUGAGGGCAGCUUCUACAGCGCCAUCUGCGGGUUCCUCUCCCUCGCAGUGGCCGGGCUGAACGCGUAUCAUCAUCAUAUGAACCGGAUGCAGGUUUAUUCGUAUACGCUGUAUGAGCUGAGUGUUGCGCAGAGGCAGCUUGUGUUGUUGACGAUUACGACGAUUGUGUAUAUUGUGGCGAUGGGGGCUUUGUAUGCCACGCUGGAGGGAUGGGAGUUUGAUGACGGUCUAUAUUGGUGCGCCGCAACACUCUCAACAAUCGGCUUCGGCGACCUCUACCCCCAAACCGUCCUCGGCAAGCUCCUCCUCCCCAUCAUGGCAACCGCCGGCGUCGCCCUCCUAACCGCCACCGUCUAUGCGAUCCGCCAAGUUGCAUUGGAGCUGCUAACCCACCAGCUCGCGACCGAGUAUUCGAAAUCGUUUGGGAUACAGAAGGAGGAUGCAUCGAUGGAUGUACCCGGUGGUGUGGGCGCGGGUGUACCGUUUGGGAGGAGGAGGACGGUGGAUGUGGCUGUAACGCGGUCCCAUCCGAAUCUUUGGAGUGGGGGUAGGGAGACCUCGGAUGGGAUGUUAGGCGAGCGAGGGAGGGGAGCGACUGUGGCCGUGCCGCAGGAGAUACCGCAGAGUGAUAGGGACAUAUAUACCGGUUCACGGGCAGCGUUUUCAGCACCGCACGGCGUCGUCACAGACCUGUUCCCGCCCCUCUCGCCCUCAAAACAACCCGACCUCGCCCGGCUCUCCGUCCCCGACAUGCGCAUGAACACCCAAACCCCGUCCCGACAUUUCGAAAACGAUAAUGGGGCUGGCGUGCCUUUCACCCACUCCGUCACAACCCCAACCCCCACCCGCUCCCGCACAAUGGUCAUCUCCCGCGGCGCCCACCUCCCCCAAGUAACAAUCCAAACCACCCACCACGUCCGCCGCCACCACGUCGUCGAAGCCACCCGCCGCACCUUCCGCCACCAAAUCACCUCCGCACUCAUCGCCGUCAUCGCCAACAUGCUCAUCUUUGGCGGUCUCUUCGCUUUCUUUGAACAUUGGGCCUUUUUCGAGGGAAUGUAUUUCGUCGUCUGUGCCCUUUUGACGAUCGGGUAUGGCGAUUACACUUUAACGACGGUGCAGUCCCGAUCCGUGUUUGUGUGGUUCCUGUUUAUCGGCAUCGCGAGCGUUGCGUAUCUGUUUUCGCUGUUGAGUGAACGGGCGUUGGAUCAGUGGACCAUGGAGGUGGGGAAAAUUGCGAGUCGCGUGGAUCGGUAUGAGAGGAAGGCGAGGUUGAAGAAAAUGUAUAGGAAGGGGGACGUUUGGGCGGCGGGGAAGACGAGAAAGAGGGACGAAGGUGGACGUGGGGAUGUGGGUGAGCGACACCCGUUCGUGAGCACGGAUUCGGAUGUGUCAAUGGAGGAUCAUCGAGAUGUGGACAGUGAUGAGUACCACGACGACCAACCUGCAUGGAGCGAGCAUGAGGCGGGUGCUGGCCAUGACGGUUAUACGACCCAAGAGAACGAAAACGUCGAUACGCAACUGAUAUGGGACAACGACGUCCCCCAACACCGCUGCGGCAGCCCGCUCGACCUCACACCCGACCUCCAACCAACCUCCCCACCCCCACCGCCAGAAAUCGGCCUGUUCACCACCUCCGAAGCCGAAGACUCCGAAACCACCCCACUCCUAAUCCCCCCACCAACACCCCCGACACCCUCCUCAACAUCCUCCUCCCUGCAUCCACCCUCUAUCCUCGGCUCCCGUCAAACUCAGCGAAACAAUCCACUUUCCUCUUCCGUCCACUUUGACCACUCUCCGACGCGAUACGCCCCGACUUCUCCCACAUCGCCGAUAAGCAGCUUAUCACGAUCGUAUGUCCAGCCCCAGCCGCAUCGGAGGACGCGGUCGUAUGCUGUGCCGAUUCGGAGACAUGGGUCUGUCGACGUGCCCCACACUCAGGGGCUGGGGAGGCAUGGGGCCACGACGUAUGACCGGAGAGUUGAGAGUCAUGUGCAGGUGUCACGGUCGUAUGUCCCGACGAGGAACGUGGUUCGGUUGGAGAUGCCGGCUGAUCAGUCUAAUCUGUUAAGUGUGGAUGGUGGUGGUGAUGGAGGAGUUGGGGUGAGACGCCGCGCGUCUGUUUCUGUUUCGUUGCGACGGCCGAGUACGGUACGGUCCAUCCACGACGCGGAAGGCUACCUCCAGCCAGCGCCCUUCGCGGAGGAUGGGGAUGGGUACUACGACUCGGAUGAGGAUGAGUGUCGGGAAGGGGAUGUGUACUCGACAACACCUGCUGUGCGCAUGUUUUCGGGGAGGGUGAGUGAGCGGAGGGGGAGUGUGCGGAGUGUUGCUGUAGCUGUUCCUGUAGAGGUGCCUGUUGAGAGGGUGGAGGGUGGGGAGGAGGUGAUGGAUGGGGAUAGGAAUGCGGAGCCUGGGGAGGGUGGGGUUAGUGGGUGUAUUGGAAUCGAUGUGGAUGAGGAUGACGGGCGGGCUACGUUUUGA